AUGGGUUCUGACUCGGAUCGUGUUGCUGAACUUGUUACUAAACUGGCUAUGGAGUUUAAAGUUCGUGAUAUGGGGGUGUCAUCAUUCUUUUUGAGCAUUGAGACUGUUCCGGUCUCUGGUGGUAUGCUUCUGUCUCAGCAGCACUACAUGAAGGAUAUUCUCAAACAAGCUGACAUGGUGGACUGUAAGCCUGUAGCCACACCGGUUUCAUCUGCUAAGGGUACGGAUGAGUCUAUGGCUCCUUAUGCUGAUCCCACUCAGUAUCGAAGUCUCACAAGUGCCCUUCAGUAUCUUACGGUAACCCGUCCUGAUUUAUCUUAUGCUAUUAAUCGUUUAUGUCAGUACAUGCAUGCUCCCACUACUGCAGACUAG